AUGCAGCGUUUUGCCUCUUCUGCCGCUCUGGCACUUGCCAUUGCCGCCAGCUCGGUCUCUGCGCAGAGCUCGACGACUUUUCCCGAAGGCGUCAUCGCCACUGGAACCAUGGGCACAACUAACCCCGCCCAGCCAACUACGGGAACGACCGUCAACCAGACAUCCUAUUCACGACUACUUUCCCUGAACUCUGUCGAUGAUUGGUGUAUUUUUGCUCCCCCUUCAAACAACACCAUUGGUGAAUCUGAGGCCAUCGAAGUCGCAUGGUGCACGAAAGCGCGGAACAACGCCCGUGUCAUCCCCGACGGUGUUAUCACUGGUGUUUCCUUCCUCAAAACUGACUUCUACGUCCAAGUCUUUGGCUACGGUGAUCUCACACAGCUAAACAUCGCGCCUGGUGACUACGGAGGUGAGCUCGACCCUCACGGAGCUACUGGUGCGGGUAACCCCGUCGGUGGUAACGUCACCACCGAUGUCGUUACUGGCUCGGACAUCAACAUUGCUGAGUGGAUGUCCUAUACCCAAUUCUGCAUUCGUGCCUGCACAAAUGCCAACUCUUCUUACAGCGCUGCCGCGAUGUGUGAACACAAGCUCGACGAGAUGGGCUGCACGUUCGUCAUGCCAGGAAACUACAACUUCAACGGAACCUUUGAAACUUGUGAUGCUGAUGUUGCCUACCCCCCUGGAUGGUACCCUGAAGUGAGCGGUGGAACGACCUCGUACUCCACCUUCGCCCAGUACUUCACCGGAACCUACACCGACAGCACCGGUGCUACUGUCUCCUACACCGUCGGUGACACCGUUACGCCCACGACCGUCGCAUUCACCCCGGCAUCUAGCAACUGCCAGACCACUGCCACCAUCAGCAACGGUUUGGCCGUCGCUACGAGCGGUAGCAGCAGCGGUAGCUCUGGUUCGAGUGGAUCCUCUGGAUCGGGAUCAGGCUCGUCUAGCAGUCGUACUGGUAAGUCCUGUCUGGGCCUGUUUAAUAUCUGUUCUCACUGA